AUGAACCAACCUUCUCAUGUGGAAAGUCUGACUGAGACGCUGAGAAACUUUGGCUUAAGUGAUGCGCCUGAGGAUUCAGAGCACUUGUUAUUUAGACCUCAAGCAGAUAGUGGAUUGGCGUUGACGGCUUUCGAUCAAAUUCCCCGCUACCUGUUUCGGGUCGCCUCCCCCAAAUCCACCGGAACAACAAAUGAGACAUGGGUUUGUUCAGAGUCAACCUCCCAGAACAGAAACUCCUAUACGGAUGGCAUUUUCUUCGACUUGAAUAUUGAGAAGCGGACGACCAUAGCUCGAACACUCAACCUGCAUCUUCGGUAG